AUGUCGGCGUUAAGAAGAGGGGCACAGACUGGUGAUCCAACAAAUACCGGUAAAGGAGGUCAAUCGAUAUGGUCUCAAUUGAAUCCUUCUUCCGACGCAUACUCUUCCGUCCCAUACUUCUUCCCCGAACGGCAUCCAUCACGCAAGCAUGAAAGGCGAGGUACGCUGAGUAUGGCAUGUCGCAGGCUUCGCCCUGAAGAUGAGGAUAGCUUGGUUGCUGGCAGUCAAUUCUUUGUUACUUUGUCCGACGAUAUCGAGUAUCUGGACGAUAAACAUGCACCUUUUGGACGUAUUGUUGAAGGAGAUGAAAAGGAUGGCACGCUUGACAAGAUGAAUGCGGCGUUUGUGGAUAAGGAUAUGCGGCCAUUACAAGAUAUUCGUAUUCAGCAAGUUGUUGUCUUGGAUGACCCAUUUGACGAUCCGAAAGGCUUGCAUAUUCCCUCUCGAACACCUUCACCCACUCCUGAACAAAUGGCUGCUAUCGGACUAGACGCAACAGCUGCUCUAAACGAAGACGAAAAUCGACCGGCAGAAGAAGUGGAAGAAGAAAGAAGACGAAAAGAUCGAGAAGCGGCUGCACUUACACUUGAGAUGGUUGGAGAUUUACCCUUUGCAGAAAUACGUCCGCCCGAAAACAUCUUGUUCGUAUGCAAGCUUAAUCCAGUCACAAGAAGUGAAGAUUUAGAAUUGAUCUUUUCACGUUUUGGUCAAAUCUUAAGCUGUGAAGUGAUAAAAGACAAAAAGACAGGGGAUAGUUUGCAAUAUGCUUUUAUCGAAUUCGAUCAACGUAAAUCGGCUGAACAGGCUUAUUUUAAGAUGCAAAAUGUUCUGGUGGACGAUCGUAGAAUUUGGGUGGAUUUCUCGCAAAGUUUGGAAUUCAAGCAGAACCCAAGGAAAAGUGCUGAAAGUUAA